UCACUGUUUCUAAUCUAGCAAGACCAGUGCUCAUUGCUGCUGAGAUGAAUAUAUACAAAAGGCAAAAUUGCAUUGCCCAUGUACUGUUCAUGAGAUGUAGAUUGGUCAGGUCUAAUAAUAUGUACAUGUAUGCAGAGUUAUCUAGUCUUAUCAUAAUUUCUUGUAAAAGGCUGUGAUUUUAUUUGCUGCAGUACUUAGGUCUACAGGUUAGUAACUCUUUCAAGACCGUAGGAUUUAUAUUUCAACAGGGAUAAAAUUAGCUUUUGCAGGAUUUCCAGUGCACUGUCAGCACCCUCCUUUCAUCCAUAAGACAGGGCAGACUAUAUUUGGGUUAGCUUACAAUAUUCUAUGAAAAUGAACGUGAUUAUUAUUUGACUCUUCGUUCAUCAUGGAGCCAUCAGAGAGCAAAAGGUCUGAAAACAAUCUGGUGUUUAAACCAGUAAACCAUUCUGAAGAGUUGACCCUCCAGAGUAAUCCUCAUGUCAUUGAGGAUGAUGAUGCCUGGAUGAGGGAGGAUGCAAUUUCCUUAGAAGAUGAAGAUGAGGAGAAACAGGAAGUGUUGCCUUUUGGUCUUAACCAGUCUUGGCCCAGGGUAUCUUGUCCAUCUUUCAGACGUGAUACUUUUCCCAAGGUACACCCAAAGAAGAAGCUACUGAGGCAGAUUAGUCGGGAGUCUCUUAAUGAAUCUACCAAUCUUCUUCUGGGGCACAUCGUGAUGCUUCCAGAUCCUCCUCAGGAACUACUCAUUGAAAAGGGUUUAUUUGCUCAGCAUCCUUUGGUUGAAGAAGAUCAUGAACAGUUACAUCUUGACAUGAGUAAAAAUAUUAACAUCGAUGAAGAAAGGAAGAUAGAUGUCCAGGAGGAGCAAGAUAGUUUUGUCCAGGUAUCAGACGUCAGACUGCUUGGCUCUCCAGUCUCAGGAAAGGAAAUCAAAGAGCAGAAAGACAUGCUUCCUGAUUUAGAAUCAAUUGAGAAAGACUGUUGUGAUAGUGAUGACAACCGCCUGGAAAUUCCUACUGAUUCUGAUUUAAGUAAGCCAGUACAAGAUAGUGUUGGAGACAUUUGUGAAGAUCAGAUAAUAAAGGUGGAGCCUACUGAGGUUCCUAUGCUUUGUGAUAUCAAAGAAUCUGAAGAUGUAGAUCAGCAUAACCUUAAUACUGAAUCUGAAAUACAGGGGAUAUCAGAAGAAACAGUUGAGAUCAAGACUGGUAUUGAAAAUGAAGUAAGAGAUUCUUUCAGUGGUUUUAAAAUGAAUGCUUACCAAGGAGGUUUGGCAGAUGAUUCAGAGCAAGAUGUGCAUAACAAUCACAGUGAGCAUGGUGAAGGAAUCUGUAUGCCACCAAAAUUACCACAAGCUGUAUUUUCUAAAUCAAUGUUGGAAACAGAGGUCAUCACAAGUCCUGAAAGGUCGGUCAGAAAGAAAGUGUCCCCAGGAGGGAAGAGAAAGCCUCCACUUCUUCGAUACCUCAGUCAGGAAUCUAUCGAAGAAUCAACCAACCUGCUGAUGGAUCAUGUUGUGAUGAUGGAUCUCCAACAAAAGCCACUUCAUGCCAGUCCAGAAGGGACAGAAUCAAGGUGUCCAUACUUGGUUGAUAUCAAGGAGUCUCCUCUCUUAGAUGAAGAUACCAUCAGGAAAGUGGAGAAUGAGGAAGAUGAAAUGUUUCUGUUUCAAGGAGAAGAUGAUAGUUGUGAAGAGGAGGAGGAGGAAGAAGGACAGGAGGAUGGUGGAACGGAGGCUUUAAAGCAUGAUUCUUUGCUUGCCAUUGCUUCAAAAUCAUUUGUAUCAGAUGCAGCUGCAAGCACUCUCAAGGACAUUGAGCUGAUACGGGUAGAGCUGGACAAUGCGAUACAUGCCUUUGAGAUUCUUAAAGAUGAAUUUCCAGACAGGAUAGGUGAUAGUCUACUUCCUAAAGCUGAUGACGUAAUUCUUGAAGACAUUGAUGAUGAUGAAGAUUGUGAUGCUAUAGAAGAUGAGGACAGUAGUGCAUUUGGCAUUCUUCCAGAUGAAAUCCUCAUAAAUAUCUUCAAGUAUUUCUCUCAUAGUGAACUUUGUGACCCUAUCAUGCUUGUAUGCAAGAAAUGGAACAUCCUUGCCAAAGAUCCAUUGUUAUGGCAUUACCUAGACCUUUCCAACAAAGCUGGGAUUUCUUCAGAUGUGCUUCAGAACGUCUUCCAACGAUGCAGUCUGCUACGGGGUAUAACAUUCCGCGGACGUGAUGAGGUCAGUAGCCAGGAAAUCCAGGCCAUCAUUGACCACUGUCCCGGUGUAGCCAGUCUUGAAUUUGGGUUUGUCCGUUCUAUGCAGGAUGACCAGUUCAGUCUUUUGAUCAGCAGGUGUAGGUCGUUGACCUCUCUGAACUUGGAAGGGUGUGAUGGUAUCACUGAUAGCCUCAUCUCCAAGUUGAUUCUUCUACCAAAGCUAAGAUGUCUCAAUCUUUCUCACUGUACCAAGCUGACGGAUGGGGCGGUGUUUGAGAUUGCAAGAUUCUGUGAUCAUCUUGAACAGCUCAACAUCAAUGGCAUUCCUUGGAUCACUGACGUUGCUGUAACCAUGCUAUGUGAUGAGAGACUAGCCAAGUUAAAAUGUCUGAGACUAGAUGGAGCGGAGCUGACUGAUCUAUCAAUUCAUCAUGUUGUACAAUGUCCAAACCUAGAGGAACUCAACAUCUCAUUCUGUGAGCAGCUGACGGACUACUCUCUAACCAUGCUGAAGGAGUGGAAGAAUCCGGUACGUCUUCGUCUUCAGAAGGGCAAGGAGUUCUCAGAGGAAGCUUUAGCUAACCUCUUCAUCUCCCCUCACCUGUCUAACUUGACCUUCCUUGACCUUUCUGAGUGUUCCGAGUUAAGAGAUCCAGGUCUUAUCAACAUUGCUACCAGGUGUCCUCUUCUCACUCAUCUUGCCAUUGAAUGGUGCUGGUUUAUUUCUGAUGUUAGUUUGGUCCAAGUAUUAGAUAACUGCAGAUAUUUAGAACACCUUGAUCUGAUAGGUCUCCAUUCAAUUCUUGGCCAUUGCUUAGCAGACAUCCCAACCAAACUACCCCAACUAGAAUUCCUUGAUCUAAGACAGUGCAAUAGGAUCACAGAUGCCAUGCUGGUACAGAUUGUUUCUGUGAAACACAACCUUGUCAUUAUGAAUUAUUAUGGAGAGGAAGUAGUCUAUGGCAACAUCCCUGGUACAUUGGAUAUAUGAGAACAAUACACCACUUGUACGCAUUCUGGAAGAUGCGUAACCAUGGUGAUGCCUUGAGGUCCUGUCUCCAUUCUGAAGGCAUCCACGGCCACUGCCAGGUCAGAGUGCAGCGUUCAGGAUGAGGCAUGAUGGCAAGAUGACGACCAUCAGGUGAGCAGAGAGCUGCGAUACCGUCAGGAGAACCAUUGGGGUUUAGUGGAUACUGGGUGGUUGGGGCGCCCUCAUCAUCGACAUAGCGGACAGGUGCAAGGUUGUUGGACAGGAUGGAUGAGUGGAUGGACUCGUUGGCAAACUUCAUCUUGCCUGUAUAGGAUCAGCAUUUUGAAUUAUAUUGAAUUUUAUGACUAGAACUUCCUGAAAUGUAAAUCAUUUUGCAAUUUUCCAUUAAUGGAUGCAUACACAUAUGACAUAGGAAGAUAAUCAAUGCAAAGAAACUCCUAUUUAAUAUCAGUCAUCUACUGCCUGUGCAAAUAUUUUAUUUUGAAUUCUUAAUUGUAUCAUAGGAUCUAUAUUGCAAUGUUUCAAUUCCGUCCAAAUAUAAAACUGUUAAGCAUCUUUAUUAUAUAAACAGUGAGUAAAUAAAGAUACUUGUAUACAUUGUUGUUGAAAAGUAGUAAUAGAUGUCAAAUUAUAAUUAUGACAGAAACAAUAAGUUUCUAGUGAGAAUAACUACUGGUUACAGGAUACAAAUGUUUACCCUAAAACCAUAAAUUCUAUAUUAUUGUAAUUUUAGGAUAACAGACAUUCUUUAAAAUGCACUGGCUGUAAUGAAUGAAAUGAGUAUUUUCUGAAAACAAAAGAAAACAUCUUGAACGUACCUUCUCCAUGAGCCACCCAGAUUCCAAGUGUAGACCCCUGCAUUCCUUGUAGCAUCAUGGCUGGAUUAUCUUGAAUCUGUACUGUAACAAACCUAGAUUCAUAGCGCUCUGAAUCAUUGUGAUCCAGUAGUACUCCUUGCUUGCAUGCAGCUGAAAUUAUACAGAAAUGUAUAUGUAUUUUUAUAUUAAUAUUCAAAUUAGAGGAAAUAUAUUGCAGAUUAUGUAAGUUAAAUCUCAUCCAUGCCAGUUGAUAUUUUAGCAAAUGUCAAAAAUGAACUUUGAUUAAGUGAAGUUAAACUUGAACAAAAAUAAGAAGAGAUGUAUUGCUGGAGAAUAAAUAUAUCAUAAUGCAAUGGUUCAUUUCAAUCUUCAUAUUGUUGAUUGCUAGAAAUGAGAUUUUAAAACCAGUUGCAGCAGAGUUUUUCUCAGAACAAAGUACAUGUAUGUAACACUGUCCUUGAUCUCCAUAGAUAAUGCAAUUACAGUUUUAAAAUGCACAAACACAUUACCUCUUGAAAGGCUGAAUUUUUCACAGGGUAAAAUGGAAAGAUAUGUUCAAAAGUUAAAAUGUUAGUGUGUGCAAUGACAGUGAGGACCAUAUUUUCUUUCAUAUUUAAGUUGAGAUAUAUAUUUUAGUUCAUUUGAAUUAAUUUAAAGAUUAUAUCAUGACAAUUCCUAGAUAUUUAUUCAUCUGUAAAAUAAUAAAUGAUGAAAUCAAAGUAAUUGCUUUACCUGGGAAUAUUCAUGAACAAGAAUUAUGAUUUAUUUUAUUAUUAUUAUAUUAUAUUAUUAUUUAUUUAUUUUGAUUAUGUGUGUGAUAAUUCUUUCUCAAAAUAAAUUAUACAUUUAUUGCGACAAUUUCAAUUUGUUUGGAGUCAUCUGUGAUUUAGUUUUCUAAUAAUUAUUCAUGAACACAUGCAACUUACCCAAAAUAAAAUUAGAAUUUCAUGAUGUGAUAUUAUCUAAUCAAUAUUCAAUAGUACAUGUAAAAUUGGUAUAUCACUAUUAUGUAAAGUUUUGGCUUAGCACAACACAAUUUGUUUUCCACUGAAAUAACUUGUAUACAAAUAAUAUACUUCUUCAAGGA